AUGUCACCACAUACACGUCAUAUUCAACUUGCCCGAACCCAGAAGAAACAAGCAGGCCCAAAUUUCGAAAACCGACUCCAACGACCCGAUCUGGACGACGGUCGAGGCGGCAAGAAGACGGCGGCGAGCGUUGUCCUCACCGCCUGCCGCAAGAUACAGCAGAGACUUAGCUCGAGGAGGGGCAACAGGGGCCGACCGCGAACCUUGGGACCUCAAGGGCCUACGGCGGUGGAGAGAGCCGCGGGCACGGUCAUGCGCUGGACGGGGGGAACCGUUGAUACGAACAGGGUAGUAGAAGAGGCUUGGAAAGCCAGGUGGUUAAAGGAACGGGACGGCAGGGCAAUCACCAGGCCGGCGGACGACUUUGACCAUCAGCAGGAGACGCUAUUCCGGAACGAAACCCUAAGGAGGCACGACGGUCUCAGCAAGGCAAAGAGCUCACUGCUGAUUCAAAUCCGGACGGGAGCGAUAGGCUUACGGGACUUCUUGUUUACACGGGGAGUCCCGGAGGUUCUGACUCCUGCCUGCGAGUGUGGCGAGGGACGAGAGACUGCCGAACACCUGGUAGUGUGGUGUUUGGCCCCACCGUUGACUAGAAGAUGGGAGAGAACUGGAAUUUGGACACGACGGGACUUUUACUCUGUUCUACACGGCACCAAUCCCACGACUGCACGGCUCGCGAGGAGAGUUCUCGACUGGCUGAUGGACUCGGGGAAGCUGCCGAUGUACAACUUAGCCAGGAGGCUCGAGCUGGAAGCGGCGGCCUGA